ACUUUCAGCGGACUCCGGACAGCAACUCAAUAUAUCAUAAACGAUCUAGAUUGCCCUCUGCUGACAAAAUAAAACGAUGUUCCUACUGCGCAUGUCUGUUGCGAGAAAGUACACGUGUCCUCAGCGGUCCUGCUACUAAGUGACAGCACAGAUAUGGAGCCGAAUAUCGUUAGUAUGAAGGAAAGAAUGGAACCGGGCGAAGAUCUCUUCGGACCUUAUCUAGAAGCUUUACGGACAAAGUUAGAAGACCAAGACCCCAUAUUUAUUAUUGGAAUCAUUGUUUCCUUGGCUGUUGUUGUUAUCACUUUCGUGUUCUUGAAGUACUUACUGAGCAGCAAAACUAUACAAAAUACUGUGUUACUGGUUGGUCUCUGCGAUUCUGGAAAAACUCUUCUUUUCAGUCGACUGUUGUCAGGAAAAUUCAAAAAGACUCAGACCUCUAUUACAGAGAGCAGUGCACCCUACAAAGCAAAAAAUGAGAGGGGCAGCAUCUGGAACCUGAUCGACCUCCCUGGACAUGACAGUCUUCGUCCACAGUAUGUGGAGAAGUUCAAGUCAGCAGCCAGGGCAAUAGUGUUUGUGGUGGACAGUGCCAUCUUUCAGAAGGAAGUUAGAGAUGUGGCUGAGUUCCUGUACUUCCUGUUGACUGACAGCGUGGUGUCUAGGAAUGCCCCCACACUGAUAGUGGCCUGCAACAAGCAAGAUAUCACCAUGGCAAAAUCAGCUAAGCUCAUUCAACAGCAACUGGAGAAAGAAAUGAACACAUUAAGAGUGACUCGGUCAGCAGCUUUGAGCGCCCAGGACGGAUCUGCAGGGGCCAGUGUCCACCUGGGGAGGAAGGGAAAGGACUUUGAGUUCAGCCAGCUACCCAUGAAGGUGGAGUUCCUGGAGUGCAGCGCCCGGGGCAGCAAGGGGGAGGACAAGGAGGCAGAUAUUGCCAGCCUGGAAAAGAGCUUGGCCAAGCUGUGAAAGGAUCAAACUGCAGACUAUUUGUUCCCCAUAUAGGGCACUAUUUGGCCUGGAGCAUUUGCCUGAGUGCACCAAGGGUAAUUAGGCUGUCUGGACAUCUCACAUAUUAGGUGCAUCUAAAUAGUUGAAAUGUCACUUCAGGAAGCCAGACUCACAUCACUAACACCCUACAGAAGUGAAUAACAUCAUAAGCUUACAUCUCAAGGUGGUCAGAGGCACUCAAUUUUCAAAACAAACAUCAGAGCUCAUCUCUUGAUGGUGUUGUCGUUGUACUUUUUUAGAAAAUUACCUUUCACAGUUGAUACUCUCAAACACCCUUGUGAAACAUUAGGAGAAUCUGCAUGUUAAUUAUUUUGUCAUCAGACUUGCAUAUAAAACCUCCCGGUGAGAUUUACAUAUUUAUAUUCAGCAAACCCACCUCUGAACAUCAGAUUCCACCUUAAAGUAAUAGCUGUUUUUUUAUUCAGCUUUGUGCCUUUCUCGAAUGGUUUAGCUGAGUCUUUGUCAUUGCUCCAAUGUGUUAUGUAGCACCAACUGUUGAGUGACUGUUAGCCAAGUAGAAAUGCUGUUAUGUUUUGUCUUGUAAAUAAAUCCUGAUAAUAUAAUUUGAGGUUAUUAGUAGUGGUUAGUGUGUGCAGCAUUAUAGUAACCCUUGUCAACACAGAUGUGUAAGAAUAGCCCGCUGACAGGAGAAACCUUCAAAUUGUUAGUCCAAGCAAUCGUUUCAGAAUGUAAUGUAACUCAUGACCAAUA